UUUAAAUGUCAUUGCAUCUAUAAACUAUAAUUUUAGUUUAAUUCUUUUAAAUGUCCGUAAAAACAAAUAAAUUGGAGAAAGGAAUAGAAAAUGUUAAUACAAGGAAAAUAAAUUUACCAAACGGUACUGGAAAUACUUUGUUCUGUAAUAUUUAUUAAAAUUGCAAGCUUCUUUUUCGAGGAUUAUAAUUUCAACUUUUAUAUUUGACUAAGUCGUUUUAUAGGGUAUAUUGGUAAUUACACUUAUUUUCGGAAUCGAUAAAUUUAUUUGUCAACCUCUGAGCAUGCUCCAGAGUUUGCAAAAUUAACAUCCCCAUGCUACACCCCUGAAUGUGGGUAGAUCAAUGGAUUGUUCUAAUCAAUAUGAAGAUCGUGCAAUUUACAACUAUCCUUAAUUUACUACAAUGAAUAUCCAAUAGUGAACUUCAUUUUUUGUUGCAAUAAAACCAGUUUUAAGAGAGUUAACAGUAUGGAAAGUCAAUUAAAUGUGAUAAAUUGUGAUUUGUGGAUACCAACUGGUCAAAUAAGUCUUAUUAUAGUUUAUUGUAUGUAGGUCUGUUUUAAUAAAAUGCAAACUUUACGAAAGAAAACAAGCCCUUUAAAAUAUAAAAAUGAAACGACUAGGUUUUUGGGAGAUGGGGUGAGCUUCAAAGCAAAGUUAAUAGGUAUUUUAGAAGUAUCAGAAGCUAGAGGAGAUAGAAUGUGUCAAGAAGCUUUGUCUGAUUUAAAAAUAGCCAUAAGGGCAGCUGGUGAACAUAAGCAAAGGAUUACUAUUAAUAUUGCAAUUGACGGAUUGAGAUUGAGGGAUGAGAAAACUGGUGACUCACUGUAUCACCAUCCAGUACACAAAAUAUCAUUUAUAGCCCAAGAUAUGAGUGAUUCUCGAGCGUUUGGUUAUAUUUUCGGUUCGCCUGAUACAGGACAUCGUUUUUUUGGUAUCAAGACUGAUAAGGCUGCAAGUCAAGUUGUUAUAGCUAUGAGAGACCUGUUUCAAGUCGUUUUUGCUCUAAAGAAAAAAGAAAUUGAAUUAGCAAAGCAACAUUUAGAUAAAUCUUAUUAUCCAACAUCUCCUUUGUUUUCUGAUAGCUCCAGUUCGAAAUUGCAGAGUAUUCCUAACGUGAGUAUAAAAUCGUCAACAGAAGCGAAGGUGAAUAGUAAUACAAGUGAAUCAAAAUCCACUGGAACGGCUGUAGCAGAUUUAGUUGAUUUAGAAUUAGAAUUAAAUAGUUUACAACAGGGUUUGAAUCAAAUGGAAAAAAUCACCCCAUCAGAUCCGUUUGGAUCCAAGGAUGAUCCAUUCGGUGACAGUUUCAUAAGUUAUCCUCCUAAACCUAUGCUACCCCCUCCGCCGUCUACAGGUCGAGAACGUACUAGUCGCGUUUCGGAAACCAGUAGCAUCUUCAGUCCCAAAACUCCACAUACUGGUACAACCAUUGAUUCAGAUAAAAAAAAAGAUUUCUCAUUCACUCAAGAUCUUAGCAGUUCUCACGAUGAACCGAGUAGCGGUGAUUGGUUCACCCCUUCAGCUGGAAAUAGUAUUUUUGAAGAUUCCACUUCUAUUCAGGAGCCUUCCAAAGACGAAAAACACGAGCAAACCAAACAGGAAAUUUUGUCGCAAUUUGAUGUGUUUACAGAACUGGAUCCGCUAGGUACGGGUAGAAGUAAGCCAUAUAUUGACAGAAAACAUUUCUUUCAAGAACUCAAAAAUCCACCAAAAAAAGUGCUAAAUGAGAUGGUUAGUUCUUCACAAGAUCAGAGUUUGUUUACAACAACCCUAAAUCAAACUACUGCUAAAUCAUCAGUCACCAUCACGACUUCAGUUCCGCCUGCACAGAACGUUUAUUCGUUAGAUCCUUUCGGCGAAGAUCCCUUUGUUAAGGAAGACCCUUUUGCCGAUUCAGAUUUUUCGAAACAGGAUCCAUUCGAAACGGAAUUCAGCAACUUUAAAAAGGAAACCGUAUUUCAAAGUAAUUUAUCUAAAUCGCCGAGGAGUUGUGCUUUAUCAUUAUUAAGUAACUCUCCUAACACGAAGAGUCUUUCAAAGCAAAAUACUAUUGAUGUCGAUAAGUUAACACAGUUUCACGACAACGCUAGCUUGGAAAUGUCUUCAGAAAACGAGAGCGCCCCCGAGCCUCCACCAAGACCAACGAAUCAACUACUAUCGAUAAAACCACCUCCUCUACCUCCCAAGAAACAAGUGGAUCUCACUACUAAGCCUCCACCUCGACCUCCAUACCACACAGAUGAAUCACCCUAUGAUUUUAUAGAUAAGUAUGAGACUGCUCCAAAUAGCAUUCUAGGCAUGGAAAAAAGUCCCCCACUUCCUGUACCUGCUCGUAAAACAAAAUUUGAAAUGGAAGCUCCGGAAAGACCGAGAAAACAGUUUCUGUCAUCUAGUGCCGAAGAUUAUUUAACACCGAUCACAGUACCGGAAAAAUCAUCAGGAAUAUUAUUACCGCCGCCUCAGAAAAGUACAAAAACAAAUGCUCAGUUGAAUAUUUCGUCAUUUCUGGACACAAAAAAAGAGAAUCCAUCUCUGGAAGGAUUAGAUAUCACACUGAGCCAACUGACAUUGAGCGGUCUGAACGAAUUAGCACAGAAACUGAAAAUACCAGCUGCCCAACUUAGCAAUAUGACCUUGGUGCAAUUAACAAAUUUUUUAUCAAAUUUUAUUAAAUCUAACAACAGCGUAGUGCCUCCAACCACAAAAACGGAAAGCGAAGUUGGCUAUUCAAAUAAUUUUGCUGAUUUUUCCAAUUUCAAACCGGAUUUUGCAACGAAUUUUUCCAAUUCGAAUCCCACCGAUACCACAUACGAUCGAUACGCUGUAUUCAGAGAAUUGAUGCAAGAAGAAAUCAAGCAAACAAAAAUAGAUUCGGAACCAGAAGAAAUAUUUGAAGAAAAAGAAAAGCUGGAGAAUUCCAUAAAUAGUAACGUGAACUUGGAUUUGAAACCAUUGAACGAAGAACCUUCCAAAAGCGCCGAUCGGUACGCCGCUUUAAGAGAAAUAGUGGACAGCGAAUUAAAACAGACAGAACAUAAAGAAGAAAUAAACAAAAAUGAAGAUGUAGAAAUAACCGAAGAAGAAAAUAUAUUGAAUAACGAAAAUAUAAAUAAUACUGAAACCCUGAAUAUUAUUAACGAAGAAAAUAAAUUCCAAAAAGAAAUAAAUGAUAAAGAAGAAAAUUCGACGGUUAAAUCUAAUAUUAUUGAAUAUAUAACACCCCUUGAGGUAAAAAACGAUGAAGCUAUUAUAUCACCUAUUAAACAGUCUUUAAAGUCACCGGUUAAAUCCAGUGUAAUGAAAAGUCCUGUUCCGAAUGCUAUAACAGAAAUCGUACAGAGUAAUACCCGCUUAACGUCCGGUUCUUUAUCGGACGUUGUCAGUGGCAGUUCUCCUGAAAUCGACAACACUGCCAGUAACUCUGAUAUCGGUAAAAAGAUGACGGACGCUACAGCUGAAUCAUGGGCGAUAUUCGACCAAGAAUCAAAUCAGUUGGAAUCAGUAAAAGAAAAGCAAGCAGUACAAAGCGAAGAAGGAGUAUCUCCUUGGUCCAGUGAUUCCAAAGAAUUUGGAGAAGCUUCGCCACCAGGAUGGAUAAAUAAAGAUUCUGGUAGUGGAACCGAACAGUUUCCUCGAAAGAGAAGGGACCAAGAUGGGUGGUGGGAUACAGCUGCAGAAUCAGAAGCUCGAUAUUAUCCUGCGAAUCGUCGUUCUACUGACAGCUUCGACGAAGAAUAUUACGAGUGCUACGACCGACCGAGAAGACGUCGUCAGCAAAGUAACUGGCAACACGGUAAUCAAGCAGCUGGUGGGCACUCUUCCAGUUCAAGAGACGUCAGUCCGUGGGAGGAAGAACCGCACAGACGUGAUAUUCGAGAGAUGAGGGAUCCUCGAACUGUAUACAGGCAUCCUAGAACUCAUUCUUUCGAAAGGAGAAGAGACAGGAGAGUUACUGACAGUUGGGACGAAGACGACGAUUACGAAUACGAAGAUGAUCAUUCUUCUAGACAUUGGGAGAGACACGGAUCCAGAGAAACCGAUAGAGAUAGUAGACAUAGCGUUGGCAACAGAGAACAUGAUAGCGAUAGAUGGUGUGACGAGAGGAGUGAAGAUAGAAGACAUAGAAGAAGAAGAGAUCCCAGAGAUCGUUGGUGUUGUCCCGAUUGGGAUCAAACAGGUCAAGAAAAGCCCCGGUAUGGUAGAUGGCGUGAUCAUAAGACUGAAGAGAGGUACUAUAGUAGAGAAUCUCAAGAAUCUCCAUGGGAAGAUGAAUAUUCAAAUGAUCCCGAAGAUUCGCCUCAUUUUGUUACUAGUUCUAAAAGAAAUUGGAAACAACGACCUAGUAGUGCUUCGGAAAUUGACAGAAAAACGGGAGAUAUAAAAUCCAGACACUACCUUGCUACAGGAGGUAGUGAUGGAGAACGAGAUAGAAGAUACAAACCCAGUAGACGAUCUCGUAGCAGAGAUUCUCAAUAUUCUGAACCACCACAUAGACAUAAACCCGAUGCGGUACCAUCGAUCAAAACUACACACCGAUACAAAUUUCCCGAAGACCCAGUUAUGUUGAAGAAGAUUCAGUCUGAAUUUAAAUUAGAUUCUAGCAAAAAAACUUCAACGCUUUCCCGAAAAAAAAUAAAAGAAAGUCUCAAAACGGAAGAAAGUUUGCCCGGUACUUUUCCGAGGAAAUCCAGCAGCCGCGGAAAGCUAGUUUUCGAAAACGAUUUCGUUUCGCCGGAACCCAGUCCAAUUUUAACGACGAAGUUGACAUCGAAAAUCAAUUUCGAAAAGGAUUUUGAAAAAUCUCUACCAUUAGAAAGCGUUCGCGAUAGACCUAGACCUGCGACGAAACUAUCUCCACGUUAUCAAAAAUCAAAAUCUCAUUUCGAAGAUGAUUUCUCGCCGACAGAAAAAGUCGAACUGGACGACAACAUAUCCAGUAUCAAAGAAGAAGCGGAUCGCGAAGACGAGGACGAAUUCAGCACCAGUAAUUUCGAAAACGCUUCGAACGGUCGUAAGAAGAUACUAUCCAAAAGCAGAUUCGCUUCUGGUUUAAGAACGGACGUUAAUCUGAAGAAAUCCGAAUCAGUGAACAUCUUCGCCAGAGAGGACGAUCCCUUCGAUGACGAUUUCUUUUGCGGCGAAGACACCGAAAGGGAACUGAAAACUUCGCCGAGAACCACUGAAUUACGAUGGACUGACAAUUUUGAAAACUAGAUAUUUUUUUUUAAUUGAUUUCAGGUCACUAUGCUAUUUAAUUCUUCUAUUGAAUUCAUAUUUUCCAAAGGUUAUAACUGUAGUGAUCUGAUCUCUGAAAUUUUUAAUUUGAAAAGAAUCAAAUUCUUAAAAAUGUUUGAAGAAAACAAAAUAGAUAAUUAAGUGAUAAACGAGUUGAUAUUAUUUUAUAUUUUAGAUAAAUUUUCACCUUUCCUUGAAUUUUAACAUUGUUAUAUGUUAGAGCCAUGACAAAAAACGUAUUCACUCAUUUAUAGUUUAAUAAUUUAUAUGAUGUAGUUAAGUGUGACUAUAUUUUAAAAAAAUAUAAUGGAACUUUUUUUUUUAUGUUAAUUCUAUUUUAUUUAUUGAUAUUUGUACCUAAUACCUCCCGGUUCUUUUUUUUUUAAUAUAAUUUUUAUUUUGCUGUU